CUUAGACUGUUAUAGGAGUUGGAUUCCAUGGGAUAAGGGAAUUCUUUUUUUUUUUUUUUUUUUUAUUGAAAAUACUUGAGUGUAAAAAGGAAAAAAAUGUAGUUCCAUUUUCAAGUUUUACAAUGGUGGUGUUUGGAAACAAAAAUAGAUGCACGUGAAACCCAUCGCAAAAAGACAUGAGUAGCCUAGUAACUUGACAUUUAAGUUAUUCCACGAAAUUGAGUCAUACAUGAGCUGAUUUGCUAUAAGCCAUGUACGACAAGAUUGACUGGAAUAAUUGUUUUAUUAUAUCCACAUUCACUGGAUUUUGAGAAACGGAGCAUUUUUUAUUUUUUGCAAAUUCGAUAAAUAACUUUUAUACAAAAUGUCCGACAAUAUCAUUUCCGCUUAGGCGGACUUCUUAACCUAUCGAUGGCUGCACGAAUUGACUUUAGUGUUUGUGGGUUUUUUUGUAGAAAGUGCUGUCUUGCUGUCAUGCUGAGGUAUAGAAUAGCUUUAGACGUUUAUUUAAUUCUUCCUUGGACAUUUCAGUUCUGUAACUUUCAAACUACUUUGAGCUUUUGAACCAGUCUAAAAAAAUUCAACACGUUUUAAUGCUUAAAGGUGAAGAAUGUAAUGGGGUAGUCACUAGAGGCUGAAUGAGCUGGAAUGCUGUCGGAAUGAAAAUUCUUCGGAUGUUCGAAGUGCAUUCCAAACAUUCGGGCCCAUUCUUGUGGCCGGCCUGAAUGUUUUGCUUAUGCUCAAAACAUUCGAGGUGCAUUCGAAGAGGAGAAAUAUCGAACGGCAUUCAAAGUGUAUUCUGACUGCAUUCUAAAUAUUCUUAUGGCAUUCCAACAGCAUUCGAAACAUUCUGAUCAUGUUCAAGGGAAAAAUCGAAAUGGCAAGCCACUUCAAAUCCUGCCAGAAUGUCCUGAAUGUGCCUCGAAUGAGCUGGAAUGCACCUCGAGUGCAUCUCGAUUGUUGUCGGAAUCUAUUUUGAUAUUAAAAUAGUUCAGCUGGAAUGCACUUCUAAUGCCGUCUGAAUAUUUCGAUUUCCACUUGAAUACAUCUCAAAUGCAGUUGGAACAUCCUGAUUGGCCCUCGAAUGAGUCCGGACAUAAUUCAGAACCACCACCGAAUCGCAUAAAAACAUGGCUAGCUGCCACUGGAACUUCAGUCUGCAUUGAGGAGUCGCCUGCUCAACAUCAACCUUUUGUCCAUUGUUUUAAAAAGUUGAAAAAGUUUCCCAAGCUUCUCACAUCAUGCCGCCAAGGAAGAAGGGAGCCAAGGUCAAGAGCUUCACCACUGGCCGCAGCCAUGGACGAGGCAGAGAUGCUGCAGCCCAAGGAUCCCCUGAAGAGCCAGCUCCUGUUGUUGAAGAUGCCCCAGCAGCUUCAGAGUCUGAGGCUGAGUCCACAGCCCCUCCACCUGCUUCCCAGAUAGACAUAGUUGCCGAGGUCCAUCAGCCAGCAGAACAGUCCUCCUCUGACAGUGAUGAGCUUCCUCCCAGUGAGGCUGCCAAGUCCCAAAAGAAGCGCAAGAGGGAGCUGGUGACAGCUGGCUUCACCAAGGAGCAGGAGCAGGAAAUGGUUGACUGGCUCAAGGCACCUGAGCAAGAUUGCAUCCUCAACAAAAAGCACCCCAACUACAUCAAGAAGGGCCUGAAGGACACACUGUGGGAGCAGAAGGCCAGGGAGAUGGACAAGACCAGUGACCUGCUGAAGAAGUGGUAUGCCAACAUGAGAUCAAGGUUUGGCAAGCUGAAGCAGACUCCCUCAGGUUCUGGAGACAUUGAACUGACUGCAAGGGACCGCUGGAUUCUGUGCCACUUUGAAUUUCUCAGGCCCCACCUCAUUGUCCAGGUCAAAAAGAGGGUCACUGUCAGUAUGAAGGCCAAGGUCCAAGCCAGGGCAGCUCCGGCUGCAACAGCAGGAGCUCCCCAGUCCGAGUCUGAUGCUGCUGAUCAUCAUACCCCUACAGCCGCUCAGUCUGAUACAGACACUUCCUUGGGGUCCAGGGGUACUGAUGACACUGAGGCUACCAGGAGCAACAUUGCUGAACUGCAAAGACAGCUGCUGAACAAGCUCUUCAAGGCUGAGAAGUCACCCCUGCAAUGCCAGAAAGACACCUUUGCUCACUUCAUGAAGGAGGUCACCUACACAUUCCCUCCCCCCAUGUGGCUGAGGUUCCAGAGUGAAGUCAACAGCUUAUUGCAGAAGUACCAGUUUGAGUUUCACCAGGUGCCUCCCACGCAGACACAGCAGCAGCAAGAUGAGUUCCUUAGACCCUAUGCUCCUGCACCUAUCCCAGGGCCCAGCAGCCAACAGUGUCCUUCAAUGGGCUGGCAGCCUCAUCCAUCACAGUGGCUGGCACAGAACCACCAACCGACUUCUGUCUGGGGCCCCCAGGAGGCAAGCUGGGUGCAGCGACAGUUCCAGCAAGAGCCUCCCGUCAGACCACAGAGUGCUCCACCCACCUACAGUGCCAGCACCCCACUGCUGCAGACUUCAUCAACAUCCAUCCAGAGCCAGGGCAUGGGGAACUUCGGUGGCCUGAGUGGCUUCAGCAGUGGUUCCUACAACAGCUUCACCCAGCUACUCAACACCAACCAGGAUGAUGACAACCAAGAACUCAACACCCCUCAUCCAGUUGUGCAUUCUCCCACACCUACCCAGCAGUCUGAGCAGUCAGAACAGGGUGAUGGAGGCCAGGAGUAGUUAUAUUUUUGUGACAUUUUGAUAUUGUGGAUAGUGUUUGUUCAGGACAGAUAUUUUGUACAGGAUUUGUGUGGUUUGAUUAUAACUGUACUUGUAAAUUUGUUGCCUGUCUUGCAUUAACAAAUAAAGAUGUGCCCUUGAA